UUAGUAUUCAAGCUAUGACAUCCGCCACGAAUUUGGAUCAUUUUCAUUUAUAAUUAGUCUAUGCACUACGCACAGAACAAACCAAAAUGGCGUCGUAGAAAAUCUAAAAGUUUGAUACGCUGUGUCUUUCUACAAAUACGUUAUUUUAAUCUGUGCUUGUAGCUCUUAAUAACAAAAUGAGUGAGGACGAUAGUAUGUUUUAUUGCUCAUUUGUUAGUAUUCACUAUAUAAUCUGUGAAUGCGGCGAGACAUUUCCAACCGAAGAUGAUCUUAGAUUACAUUUGGAGAAAGAACAUCCUCAUAAAAAAGAGAAAAAGGAAUUUAAAUGUGGCGUUUGCGACAAAACCUUCUCUCUGGAAGAGGAAUGUGUGAGGCACUACGAGGAGGCGCACAUAGAUCUGGACCUGGACCAGGAGGGUACGGAGACCGAUGAUGUAUUCCUUGGCUACACGGAUCCUAACGAAGUGGAGGUUCAGAUACAAGGGAAUGUUGUUCAGAAAGUUGUCUGUGAAUUUUGCGGUGAAGUUUAUGCUUCUUGUACGACCCACAUUUGCUCCCUGAAGUUUGAACCCAUCGAAUCUGAAGCUAAAGUCAGAAAAUACAAACAGCCGAAGAACAUUGUGUGCGAAGUGUGCGGCAGGAAAUAUACUUCGAACGCAGCCCUGAGAUACCACCAGAGAGUGCACACAGGAGAACGCCCAUACAAAUGCCACAUGUGCGAGAAAACAUUUACAAUGCCAUUGUUCUUAAAGGUUCAUGUCAGAACUCAUACCGGAGAGAAGCCCUAUCAAUGUCUCCAGUGUCCCAAAGCGUUUAGUAACAAAGCGGCUCUAUUGAGACACGACCGUGUCCACACCGGAGUAAAGCCGUACAAGUGCCCGAAAUGUGGCAAGGCCUUCAGCCAGUCCAACUCAAUGAAGCUACACGUCAGCACCGUGCACCUGAAGAUGCCGGCUCCGUACAAAAGCAAGUACAGGAAGAUGAUGGCGAUGCAGCGAGUUAAGAAUAAUUCUUCAAGCGAUUCGGAUAAGAAAGGCAGAAGCAAUGCUGAAAUCGAACGUGCAGUUAAAAGUGUCAGUGAUUUAGUGAAUGUUAAAGAAGAAAGUGAUGAGGAGAAGGUGGUGGUUAAGAGUGAGAGUGCGUACGAUAUGGGGGAAGCAGUCCUGUUUGAUGAGAUGGGUAACGAGGUCACCUAUGAAGUUGUUUACGACUAACUGAAUGAGUUAAUGGUGAAUGAUGACUCUCUGAGGAGAAGUGAUUACUGCAGUCAAGCGGCUUGUUAGCGGCAAGUUAGCGGUAGACAGCGGCUUGGCUCCGCCCCUGGCAUUACUGAAGUCCAUGGACGACGGUAACCACUCACCAUCAGGUGGGCCGUAUGCUCGUCUGCCUACAAGGGUAAUAAAAAAAAAGCAUUGAAAGGCUAUGCAAUAUAAUUCAGUCUUUGACCUCAUGUCUUGAUGUCAUUGAUGAGACUCACGUUCUGAGGUCUAAGGGCUCUUCUGACCAAAGGACAGCCAUGAAGUUGGUCACCAGUUUAGAGUAAUAAACAAAUGUAAAUAAUAUAUGUCUACUAAUGUGAGGUUUAAUUUGAAAUUUCCAAAACUUGUGUAGUUCCGUUGUCGUGGUUACUAAAUAUGUCAUUACUGCGAUGUUAUAUCUCUAGUAAAUUAGACAAAAUGAAAAUAUCAUAAGGAAAAUUGAAUUGUAGUAAAUUGUAUAUUUGCCACUCCCAAUUAUACGAAUACUAAGUAAUGAAGUUGGAAUGUGAAUUAUUCUUUUAAUUGCAUUUUUUUUUUGUAAAGAGGAAUAAACGUAUACUUAAUUAAUCUGUAUUUUCUAUACUAAUAUUAUAAAGAGGAAAGAUUUGUUUGUUUGUAUUGAAUAGGCUCCGAAACUACUGAACCGAUUUGAAAGAUUCUUUCACUGUUUGGAAGCUACACUAUUCCCGAGUGACAUAGGAUAUAAUAUUUUUGAAAAAAAAUUAGGGAUCCUUACUAAAACUCGAAUAAUGUAACCCAAGAUGUAAAAAAAUACUUAAAAUAUUCUUUACAUCGCGUGCCCUGCGAAAACUAUUGAUGAUGGAAUAAAAUAAUGUACUAUGACUUUGUAUAUAACACAUUAUUAUUUACAAAAAGUGUCGCGACAGCAUAUGUCUAACUAUUACAGUUAUGCCACAAUAA